UGACGACAGCGACAAUCCAGCCCGGUGGCAUCCCUAUCUCACACAAUAGGUUUGUUUUGCAGCCAACAUUACGCGACCGUAUCCCACUGACAGUUCUGUAUCCUAAUGAGAAUCAAAUGUGAUGCUUGUAUACAAAACACAUACUAUCAUGAAUUUUACACUGAGAUGUUGGCUGCAAAAACAUGGCGGCGUGCCACCCACCUGCGACAAUCUUCCUCUAUAGUGUAUUACCUCUAUUGUUGGGGUAUAUAACUGGGUAAAAAUAAAACAGGGAUACGUCAAAAAGAUUGGGAAAGGAAACAUUCAGUCGAAAUUCAUAUUAGCAUAUCUGUGCUUGAAAUAAUCCGAUUUUAUAGAGCCCUAGCUCCUAACUCAUCUAUUUUCGAGUGCACACAUUUUACGAAGGUCGAGAAAGGCACCAUCACUGCUAAGUGGAUUUAUCUGGGUUUUGUUAUACAGGUCGCUCUGAGAUCCCGUAUGUUAAAGCGACGUACAUAACAGUGAGACUUCAAAAAUUGAAAUUUCUAUAUGGAUUCGUGAAAGGUUUUUGGUGCAAUGGGUUUACCUGAACUACCUGACCAGAACGAGGAGAUCGAUUUUCGAAUGGAAGAAAACAUUGUUAUUAAUACUGAUGGCACUACCGAUGAUAGUGAAAAUGAAUACAACGAAGAGAAUGCUUACAUGGGGUACCAGCCGUUGAAUAUGCGAGAUAUGAAUAGCAUGAUGGAAGACAGUGACACUUCUGAAUCAAAUGACCCUGAAAUACAUGAUGACGAUAGCAUCGAGUUACUUAAUGUGGAUGUUUGGAAUGCACCCAGGCCCAAUGAACUCAAUAUCGAGUUAGGACCAGAAAAAGCCGAACAGAUUCUCAGUGUAAUGGCUGGUAUUAAAUUACCAAGUAUAUCAGUUCCACAGUGGGCCCAAGGAAUUCCGGAAGAAUCCUGGAAAGAAGAAUUACUGCGACGUAUUCGCGAAAGACAUCAUAAUCAAGAAGUUGAAGAUAAUAGUUAAAAUAAUCACAAAUACUAAUAAAUGAAAUAUCAAUCACUCA